CAACAAUUAGGUCCUCCGCUUUACUAUUAUAUACCAAAAUACUAUAAAAAGCUAUUUUUGCAUUUCUUUCUGAUGUUUCUCCUUCGCAGAACAGCUUCGUCAACAGCCUGGAGAAGAGCAGGGCUCAGAAGUCUCAAGCGCUUCUAUUCCGAUAGUGCACCCAAGUCUUCUGGAGUUGCUACCAGUGCUUCCAUAGCCUUCUUCGGUGGAUCCGUCUUUGGGGCAGCAGUCUACAAGUUUCUGGUGAGAAAUCAAGACACAUUAAACAGUAAGGUGAUCCCUCCUUCUACUUCUGAUGAUCAAGCAACUACUUCAACUCUCCCAUUGGAUAAGUUGGAGUCCCCAGUCUAUGCUACCAAAGAAGAAAUCGAGACAGCUAUACAAGAAAUCAAACACAUCUUCAAAAAGAAUACACCGGCUGGAGUAGAAUACGACGAGUCUAUAUUCAUCAACAAUUCCAAGGAAGAAUUGGAUUCCCACUCAGAUACCUACUUCAAUUCGCACCACGCUGCUCCAGACGAAAGGCCAAUGUAUGUUGUAUGUCCGCGUCUGACUCAGGAAGUCGCGGAGAUCAUGAAAGUGUGUCAUUCUUAUAAGAUCCCUGUAGUGCCCACAAGCGGUAGAUCGUCUUUGGAGGGCCACUUCAUUCCCAGAAGACAUGGAAUCACCAUUGACAUUUGCAACAUGGAUCAGAUUGUUAAGUUGAACAAGUCAGACUUGGACAUUACUGUUCAAGGAGGUGUAGGCUGGGAAGCAUUGGCAGACUACCUUGAAGAGUACAAUCUUCUUUUCUCGUCAGACCCUGGCCCAGGAGCUACCAUCUCGGGGAUCUGUGCCAACAACGCUUCUGGAACUAAUGCCAGUAGAUAUGGAGAAACAUACAAGAACGUUCUCAGUUUAACUGUGGUUUUGGCUGAUGGAACGGUUAUAAAAACUAAACAGAGACCAAGAAAAUCUAGUGCAGGCUACAACUUGAAUUCACUUUUUGUAGGAAGUGAAGGUACCCUUGGAAUUAUCACCGAGGCUACACUUAAGCUUCAUGUCAAACCCGCCAAAGAAUCCGUCAUUGUGGUCCCCUUCAAGACGAUUGAGGAUGCUGCCAAUACUGUUAACGACAUCUUGUUGAAGGGAAUGGAGUUGAAUGCUAUUGAGUUGUUAGACGACAAGAUGAUGCAGGUGAUCAAUCAAAGUGGAGAAACUAGUCGUCGCUGGACCGAAGCUCCUACCCUCUUCUUGAAGCUUGGAGGCGCUAAUCAGCAAUCGCUUGAUUGUAUCGUCGAGGAGAUAGAAGGUAUCGUCAAAAGUAACCAUAACCUUGAUUUCCAGUUUGCCUCUAACGAUGACGAGAAGACGGAACUCUGGUCUGCCAGAAAAGUAGCAUUGUGGUCUACCAUCAACUUGGGAAAAGAGAUAGACCCCACCAUGCUUCUUUGGACAACGGAUGCUGCUGUGCCCAUCUCGCAAUUGCCCAAGUUCUUAGCAGAAACCAAGGCUGAUAUAGACAGUCACGGUUUGAAGAACACAUUGGUAGCACAUAUUGGAGACGGAAAUGCGCAUUCGUUCAUCUUGUAUACGCCUGAACAACGAGAAGUCGCCCAGAAAGUUGUUGAUCAAAUGGUGCAAAGAGCCGUAGCACUCGAAGGAACCUGUACAGGAGAGCAUGGUAUUGGUUUCGGUAAGCGUGAGUUCCUAGUAGAAGAAAUAGGAGAGUUGACUAUAGAUGUGAUGAGAAAAAUCAAACUAGCAUUGGAUCCUCUUCGAAUUUUAAAUCCAGACAAGGUUUUCAAGAUCGAUCCACACGAAAAGCCACUGUUCCAUGGAAAUUUCCAGAAAUGAUCAUAAACGUCGUAAAGCAUAGUAUUAUAGACGUACAUCCUACGGCCCUUAUGAAGGUAUCGUAAAUGGAGAAUUGAAUCAUAGCAAACAAUUAGAUAGAUUAUAG